CCUGGGCGCCUUUCAGGGCCUCCCUCGGAUUCCAUACCUGUUUGCCACAGUCCCCAACGCUCUGGUCUUUGUUGUGUCUUCUGCCGGCAGGUGAUCCAGUAUCAAACGGUGCGCUACGACAUUCUCCCUCUUUCCCGGAUUUCGCGAGAACGCCUGAAUCAGGUGAAGAGGAAGAUUCUGGUCCUGGAUCUGGACGAGACCCUGAUCCACUCCCAUCACGACGGGGUGCUGAGGCCCACCGUCCGGCCUGGAACCCCCCCUGACUUCAUCCUGAAGGUCGUCAUAGAUAAGCAUCCUGUCCGCUUUUUUGUACAUAAGAGGCCCCACGUUGACUUUUUUCUAGAAGUG